AUGGAUAUGAACCAUUUGAUAGGUCAGCGUUUCAACCUGAUCUCAAAGAGCGAUAUUCGCUAUGUUGGCACACUUCACGAAAUCAACCCUGAAGCCUCCACAAUAGCCCUCGAAAAUGUUCAAUCAUUUGGCACCGAGGGUCGUCGGGGAAACCCCGCCGAGGAGGUCUCUCCUUCGGCGAGUGUCUAUGAAUACAUUGUUUUCCGUGGCAGUGAUGUGAAAGACAUCAGUGUCGCCGGCGAGGAAAAGCAGGAGAACACACAGCCCGAACCCCCUCGGGUUCCGGAUGACCCCGCCAUUCUCGGAGUAAGUGCACCAUACAUGAACAUCCCAUCCCAACCCAACCCUUCCUCGCCUGUACUCAUCGCGGUCGGGCAAUUGAUCAAAUGA